UCCUGGAGUCAGGGGUGAUAGCGUUAAUGUGCGGUCUGACCCAGAGUGACAGUUCAGCCCUGAGGGUCAACGGCAUUUGGGCUCUCAUGAACAUGGCGUUCCAGGCAGACCAGAAGUUGAAAGGGGAGAUUGUGAGAGCUUUGGGGACGGAGCAGCUUUUCCGUCUGCUCUCUGACCCGGACACUAACGUCCUGAUGAAGACCUUGGGCCUGCUACGGAACCUGCUCUCCACACGACCUCACAUAGACCAGAUCAUGAGUUCCCAUGGGAAGCAGAUCAUGCAGGCGGUCACUCUGAUCCUGGAGGGGGAACACAGCAUCGAGGUCAAGGAGCAGACACUCUGCAUCCUAGCCAACAUUGCUGAUGGCAACACAGCCAAGGAACUCAUCAUGACCAAUGACGACAUCCUCCAGAAAAUCAAAUAUUACAUGGGUCACUCUAAUGUGAAGCUCCAGCUGGCAGCAACAUUCUGUAUCUCCAACCUGAUCUGGAAUGAGGAGGACAAUGAGGCCGAUGCCAUGACAGGCUGCCAGGAGCGUCAGGACAAGCUGAGGGAGUUGGGCAUUGUAGACAUUCUGCACAAACUCACCCAGGCCUUAGACCCCAACCUCUGUGAAAGGUGUGACACACACGUGCGCGCUCAUUAUGUUGUAGGAUAGUGUACUGACUCUCUCCGUCUCUCUCAGGGCGAAAACAGCGAUGCAGCAUUAUAUGGUGUGACCCCACGGGAGCAGUCUCAGAUUUUGUUGCCCCUAACAACACAACUAACAAACCAACCGCCUGCCAGGAGGAGACCUACCAGGAGACCUGCCUCCUUGCUGCCAUUGUUUUGUUCUAAUCUCCUUCACUUUAAUCUUCAGUUUUUGUUUGGUUGCACAAAGACACCUUUUGAGCUGCAGCGACAGAGCCCCCUUCCUCAUCACCCCAAUACUGACCCCCAUCCCAGCCGGAGACUUUAAGACAAGGUUGGAUGGGGAAACGAGCACUUGCUGCUCACCAACAGUUACUGGGGGUAGGUUUCAUUAGUAUUAUUUUUUUUAUGCAAAGAGGUGAAGAUUUUGUUUCUUGGACUUGAUGUGAAUGAAGAAAGGAUUAGUAGUGUGCAGUACAGCAGCCAGCCAUCGCAGCACAACGCCACCUUGUGGCCAGGAGGCCUUGGUACUUUUGGACUCGUUAUGGAGGAGAUGGACAGAAAGACGUCACAGAGCCGGGCUAAAGGGUCUGACGGACUAAAGGGUCUGAUGGAGAGGGCAGGGUUGUGGGAGUAUCGUUUCCUCUUGGUUUAAUUUAGCUAAUUAUUCAUUAUUGAUAUUACUAUUAUUAUUAUUUGAAUGGCUUUGUCACAAGAGGACAUGUUUGGGUAAAAAAGACUGUUAAUUUUUCUUUUUGUGUGUGCAUACAUCCCUCGUAAAUAUAUAUAAACAUAUAAAUAUAUUUUUGGAAUUCGUA